GCAGCAGAAAGGCUCUGGGACAGGAUCCCACCCACCCUCUUCCUGAUAUAAGGUCUGGCUGGAAAACGACUUCUUCAUUUUUGCUUUUUGCUCAGAGGGUGACUGCAUCUUCUUUCCACAGCCUGGCAAUGCCUGUGGAUUUCAAUGGAACCUGGAACCUUGUCAGCAAUGACAACUUUGAAGGUUACAUGGUGGCCUUAGGUAUUGACUUUGCAACACGCAAAAUCGCAAAAAUGCUGAAGCCUCAGAAGGUGAUCAAACAAGACGGUGAUUCAUUUCAUAUCCACACCACCAGCACGUUUAGAGAUUAUGUGCUUCAAUUCAAAAUUGGACAAGAGUUUGAAGAAGAUAAUAAAGGCCUGGAUAACAGAAAAUGCAAGAGCCUAGUUACCUGGGAAAACGACAAACUUGUCUGUGUUCAGACUGGUGAGAAGAAGAACAGGGGCUGGACUCACUGGCUCGAAGGAGAUGACCUCCACCUGGAGCUUCGUUGUGAGAAUCAAGUGUGUAGACAGGUCUUCAAGAGAGCUUGAAUUUGUGUACUGGUUCCUACACAGAGACACAGCUGCAUACAGGAGACGAUGAAUCCUCAUGCACACUGACAGCCAUACGGACCAGAACGGAUGAUUAACCUAAAUGCUCUGAUGUUUCUGGCUCAGGAAAUAAGUCUGCUGUUGCCAGUGUUAAAGAUCUGAUUUUUGCUAGUAAAUGCUCAAAACCAAACCAA